AGCACGGGAGGCGAGCGUCCGUCCCUCUUGCCUCACAUGGACCUGGCCAACGUCUACCGCACGGUGAACGCUGCAAGCGCGGCCCGAGCUGCCCGGUCCCGACGGCCCGCACGCCGCCACGACGCGGUGCCGUUGCCCCAGCGCACAAACUGCCGCCGAGGCUUACGGCAGUGCCGCCCCUCCAGUAGGCGGAACCGCUGAACCCGGGUCGGAACCAUGGACUUGGAGGCUGGCGAGGGCGGCGGACCCUGCUGCGCCCGGGGCGGCAACUGUGCCUCGCUCCUGGGUUCGGCCGGGAUGGCAGGCCGCUUCUUCGGCGAUGCUCCCGACGAUGAGCCACCCGGAGGGGGUCUUCCCGGCUUGGAAGCAGGAGCAGCUGGCCAUCCUGCCAGCGGCACCGAACCGAAGCCAGAGGGGCAGCUCACUCUGGAGGAGAAGAAAUUCCUCCUGGCCGUCGAGAGGGGAGACCUGGCCACAGCUCGAAGGUACCUGCAGAGCGCCGAGGCCGGCUUGAGCACCAUGAACUGCAACUGCGCCGACCCGCUGGGACGAUCGGCGCUGCUCAUGGCCAUCGACAACGAGAACCUGGAGAUGAUCGAACUUCUGCUGCUGCACAACGUGGACACCCGCGACGCGCUGCUGCACGCCAUCAGCGAGGAGUACGUCGAGGCCGUUGAACUGCUUCUCGAACGAGAGGAAGCGACCCGCAAGCCUGGACAGCCGAACAGCUGGGAGGCCAUCGACCACGAGACGGCUGCCUUCACGCCGGACAUGACACCGCUGAUCCUGGCGGCGCACCGGGACAACUACGAGAUCCUCAAGAUCCUGCUGGACCGCGGCUACAGUUUCCCAGCGCCGCACGGUGUGCGUUGCAGCUGCGGCGAUUGCGUGCGAGCCCGGUCCGAGGAUUCGCUGCGCCACUCCCGGUCGCGCAUCGACUCGUACCGCGCUCUCGCCUCGCCCUCGCUCAUCGCCCUUUCCAGCAAGGACCCCAUCCUGACCGCCUUCGAGCUGAGCGGCGAGCUGCGCCGGCUAGCCUGCCUGGAACACGAGUUCAAGAGCGAGUACCUGGAACUGCGGCGCAAGUGCCAGGACUUUGCCACCGCGCUGCUGGACCACACGCGCACCUCGUACGAGCUAGAGGUGCUGCUCAACUACGACCCGACGGGCCCCGCGUUCGAGCACGGCGACCGCAUGCACCUCACCCGCCUCAAGAUGGCCAUCCGAUUCAAGCAGAAAAAGUUCUGCGCGCACCCCAACGUGCAGCAGCUGCUGGCGUCCAUCUGGUACGAGGGCCUGCCCGGGUUCCGGCGCAAGAACAUCAUCCUGCAGUCGCUGCAGAUCCUCAAGAUCGGCCUGCUCUUCCCCGUCUACUCGGUCGCCUACAUCGUGGCGCCCCACUCCAACUUCGGCCGCACACUCCGAAAGCCCUUCAUCAAGUUUAUCUGCCAUUCGGCUUCAUACGUCACCUUCCUGUUUCUGCUGAUGCUGGCAUCGCAACGCAUUGAGACCGUCGUGGUUGAGUGGUUUGGAACAGACGAGAUGAAACAGAAAGUGCGUAGUGACAUCACGACCAAAAGAGGAGCGAGUCCUAGCAUAGUAGAGUGGAUUAUCCUGGCCUGGGUAAUCGGUUUGAUAUGGAGUGAAAUGAAGCAACUAUGGGACCUAGGUCUUAUAGAAUACGUCGGUGACAUGUGGAACAUAAUAGAUUUUAUAACAAAUUCAUUGUACGUCGCCACAGUGGCACUAAGAGUGAUAGCCUAUUUACAGGUCCAAAAAGAGAUUGCUAUGAACACUGGGACCGCGUACCUUCCCCGAGAAAAAUGGGAUGCCUGGGACCCCAUCCUGAUCGCCGAAGGCCUUUUCGCCACAGCCAAUAUCUUCAGCUCCUUGAAACUGGUGUACAUCUUCUCGGUGAACCCUCACCUGGGACCCCUGCAGAUCUCCCUGGGCCGCAUGGUCAUCGACAUCGUCAAGUUCUUUUUCGUGUACACCCUGGUGCUGUUCGCGUUCGCGUGCGGCAUGAACCAGCUCCUCUGGUACUACGCGGACAGCGAGCGCCAGCUGUGCCACAAACUCAACCGCGACGGCGCGCCCGGCGCGCCCGCCGUCAAGAGCGACCACAGCGUCUGUUUCACCUGGAGGCGAUUCGCAAACCUCUUCGAGUCAUCGCAGACUCUGUUCUGGGCGAGCUUCGGUCUGAUCGACCUGGACAACUUCGAACUGUCGGGGAUCCAGAGCUACACUCGCUUCUGGGGACUGUUGAUGUUUGGCUCCUACUGCGUCAUCAACGUGGUCGUGCUCCUCAAUCUCCUCAUCGCCAUGAUGAACCACUCCUACCAGAUGAUAUCGGAGCACGCCGACGUGGAGUGGAAAUUCGCCCGGUGCAAGCUCUGGAUGAGCAAUUUCGAGGACGGCGGUACGGUCCCUCCGCCCUUCAACGUAAUCCCUACUCCAAAGACCGUCAGUUACUUCCUCCGAUGGUGCUACCGCAAGUUUUGCGGCAACUCCCGGUCGGCAAAGAAGGAACACCUCAAGACUAUUAGGAGAAAAGCCAGGCAAGCCAGCGAGCGAGACAUGAAGUACCAGACCAUCAUGCGCCAUCUGGUACGGCGCUACAUCACCAGCGAGCAGCGCAAGGCGGACAACCAGGGGGUGACGGAAGAUGACGUCAACGAAAUCAAGCAAGAGAUCUCGUCUUUUCGGUACGAGCUACUCGAGGUGCUCAAGGUUGGCGGCUUCAACACCUCUGGGGCCAGCGGACAGAGCCAAGGUAUCGGUGGCAAGAAGGGCCGCCAACGAGAGCGCCGCCUCAUGAAGGGCUUCAACAUCGGCCUCAUCGAGGGCUCCGUGCCGAGCCCGCCCGAGAUCAACAUCGAGGAAGUGACGUCACGGAAGUCACCCGUCUCUCGGUUGGCCCGCCUGGCGCGCCUCGCCAGCCGCAACAAGGUUAAGCGCGGCCGCUGGGGCCACCUGGUGGAGGCCACGCGCAGCGCCCGCGCGGCCUUCUCGCGCAGCCGCAGCGAGGAGACUAUGAGCUCGAGCUCGUCCGGCUCGUCGGUGGGCCCCAAGGGGGGCGACUCAGUCUGCAACUCGGAGACGUCGCUGUCCAUGCGGGGCCGCAUCUCGCGCAAGUUCGGCACGCUCACCUUCAGCCGGUCGCGGCUCGCCUUCUUCUCCGAGCACGACUCGCUGCGCCACUCGUCCUCGGAGAAGCGCCGCGCGCACCGCACCGUCAGUGCACCGCCCUCGUCGGUGCUCCCAAGGGCUGCGAUGCAGGCAGACCGCCAGGGUGCAGCUGAUGCCGCCGCGGGCGGCGGUUCCUGCAACGUGCUGGCGGCCGAGUGCAAGCUGUCGCCCAUCCCGAGCUGCGCCAGUUCGAAAGUGCCCACACCGAGGAACUCUAUAAACGGCACCCUCGAACCGGACGCCUGCGUCGGCGGCGCCGGAGAUUCUCGCGACUACGUGACCGCUGCCGCGUUGGCCAUGGCGGCGACAGCCGACGACCUGCCGCCGUCCCCGCCGCCACUGACAGAGCCCUGCGACCUGCCCAUGGUGGUGGUGCAGCCUUCGUCGGAGCAAGAGGACGCGCUCAAGGACUCGGACGAGUCGCCGGCCAACGGGUCCAUACCGCUUCUGACCAGAGUGUACGGGAUCGAACCCGUCGGCAAGCCGGCCAACAUGGGCUGGAUAUGACCGAGCGUCCCGGGGUCGUCGGCUGCGCACAGGCGUCGACGCCUCUUCUUUAUGCGCACAAUGAGCCUGGAGUGACGAUGGCCAUAGGGAAAAGCGCGGGAGGCAGUUGUUGGUUUAGUCAGGCGUGCGACCGGGCCGCCAGGGGCUUCACGCGCACUACGGCGGUUUUGUUUCCUUCUCGUGACUGGUGACAGUUCGACGCGCUGGCUGCCAAGAACGGUUUAACAUCUACCUGAAAAUAAGGCCCUGCGUGAAUUUUACGAGCCGGGCAAGUUUUUCGAAUAGAGAAAUAUCUAUUUUGUCUUGCUUUUUACCUAAUCUGUUCAUUUCAAAGUAAUCCCAUUUAACGCAAUUAACGUAAUUACAUACAUAAUUACAUACACAAUUAAAUUAACUUACAGUCCUUUUUAUUUCCUUUGUAUCUCAUGGCAUUUCUGAAAUCCCGCGACCAUCUGGAGAAGAGCACUGCAUGGAAACCGAAGCUAUAUGAGCUCUAGUCGUGGGAUUUCAUUUUGAUGUACACGCCCAUUAACCUGACUGCUGCUUGGGUAGGAGGUAAAAAAAAUUUAGAAAAAGAAAAAAAAACUUCGUAGUAUACGACUCGAACACCAGAAGCCGCCACCUCUCCUGCCCGCAGAGCCGCCUGACGGUAACUGUCACCCAUCAACAAAGUCGACACUCCAGCGUGGUCAUCCUCGGCACGUCAAAAUGUGCUCUACUUUCAGCCUGCUGACACCUCGACAGGCUACAGAGUAUAGCUGUGUACAUAUGCGCUGGUGGGGACAAGCCGACGACACGAAAAAAAAAACUAUGUGCCAAACCGCAUUGAUGAGCUUUGGGCCAAGCCAGCCAAGAAGAAAAGAAAAAAUUGACUUUCGGCCUCUCGACACUUUCCCCUUUUUGACAUGUGCUGUUUUCGCGAUUGGACUUGACCACCUACAUCACCAGCGAGUUGGACCUCUGUGUUUGCUGUGUUUUCCUGUUUGUCUGUGAACGGGGCUCCCAGUAGGAGCUUCUCUUCCUUGGUCGUUGCGGGACUGAUGAAGUCUUGAAGUUAAAAGUAACGUGUGUUUCAGUUCGCGUUUAUGCAUCGUGCAUGUUUUGUUUAAAUGUUGUCUGACGUAGGUAGUACUCGUAAGCAUGAAAACUGUAAGUCGAUUUGUACAGCUUUCUCUGUUCUCAUGUCAUCUGCUCCUUUUUUUUUUACCUAUUUGCGUCGCGAUUGGUCACAAUACUGGAGGGUUGAUCACUACGAAACUGUGUGUAUGGCAGUACCUAAAAGCACUUGCUAGAGUUUCAUCACAGGUUGCGGCAGAAGAUCAGAUGGUGACACUCUCUUUACGUGGAUCGUUCCAAAAGUAUUGAUAACUGUGUACUUAUUUACCUAUGUGGCUGACGGGAGUACAGAUGUUACAGCUACCGUUUUUGCUGUUCGUGAUCUUUUUCUUGGCAUUUCAAGUAAUCUGAAAAAUGGUAUCCGGUUUGCAGUACAACGUUGAUGCCAGAGCAUUAUGUGUCGUAAAAUAUCAACUGUAUUUGUGCACGAAGAAACAAAAUGUACGUAACUCGAUGUCUUUCUGGCAAUUGGAAGGCUAUGGAGCUAAGGCUACAGUAUUCGACGGACUACCCCUACAAAAGUUAUGCAUUUUAUUCAUGGUAUUCUAUUUCAACUACCCAGAAAGUUUGUUGAUGGAAACUUUGUAGAACCACAACAUAAUUGCUAUAACGACUGUUUUAAGGAUAGGCAGACAUCAUAACGCGUGGAAUCACAGAAGUUUGGUUGCAACAAGCUCUGAUUAAAAAAAACUAAUUGGGAACGAAUUGCGAACGAAUUCUGGCGCACUUAUCGAUUGUCUAACAGUAGUGUACGACGCACUGAGACAUAUUAAUUUUUUUAUUUACGCAUCCCAUCUCAGGUUCAAUUCACUACUUCGAUCUUAUUUGCUUGUCUGACGUACAAAAAAGAAUUUUAAUAAAUAUGAUCCAAGACCGUAUUAGGGAGUACACUGAGAGAUCAUACUACUGUCGAAGCUCUCUCUCUUACAAGAAAAAGUGUUUACAACUGAAAAUAAAUAACGGAAAGGUAUCUUUCCUCGGCAAACAGCCACCACUGCGUUCUCAGCAAUCAUGUUAUUCAGCAUUUUCAUUCUAAAAUAUAUGCUGGCGACAUGCUUCCGAUGCCAGCGUCUGGCCACGGUGCUAAUGCAGUCGCAUAUGUUAUAGUCUUUCUCUGGAGCACAUGAUCAAGACCCCACGUCCCCGCGCAAGCUUAACGCUCACGUUGAGGAUUCGCACUUUUCAUACAAUGUGGGUGCGAUAAUGUAUAUGGCGUGAGCUGGUAAAGAAUGAUAAAGAUCCAAACUACUGCGCAUUUAUUAUCCAUGUAAAUGUCGAUAAUAUUUGUGAGACGUAACUGAAAGUAGCAGAGAUAUACCCAUUUAAGUUAAUCUGAUAUUGAUAUUCACAUUCAUGCUAUGGCUUUCCCAAAUGCGGUUUUAUUUUCUUGUACCCUUUUUAACGAGUACUGUAUGGUAUGCUUAUUUAUUUAUUUAUUUAUUUAUUUAUUUAUUUAUUUAUUUAUUUAUUUAUUUAUUUAUUUAUUUAUUUAUUUAUUUAUUUAUUUAUUUAUUUAUUUAUUUAUUUUCAUUCAUUGAAGUGCAAAUCAUGUUCUUAGGCAUUCUCUUAAUUUCAUGUGCUGCGAGAGCGAACAUCAGAUGUCACUGAAUACUAAAGCAUCUGAAUUUUGGUGCACUAUGCCAGACAUUCUUCUUUAGCAGUGAAUCGGCAUUUAUUGUUAUUGGUGGAACUGAAAAAGCCCGCUGCAGCUUCGUGUCUCAGAAAGCCACGCACGUGGCGAUGUUUCCGAUUGUCUCCGGGCAGAUGAUUAUACCCACAAAAUAUUUAUCGAGUUUACUGCCGCCUUGAAUCAACGUAUUCGAGUGAACCUAUGUAUUUUCAAAUGCUGUUGGGCCGUCUACAAAAUAUUGUUUUGAAACAAUGUGUUCGAGUUCAUUUAUCCUUUCCAUUUAUGGAAUGAUAUGUUGAUCUGAAAAAUGUUGCAGUUAUUGUGAUUAUUGUGCUUUACGAGCCGUUGUUCGACGUCUAUUUUUGCCUUAUUGACAAAAAGAAAGAACUUGUAGUCAGCAAUUUGUCUAACGCCAAACAACAACAAUUUUUUUUCUAUCUCGAUAAGGCUUCAAGACAUAUCCCGCAUUUAAAAAGCCCGUAACACGCGUAGUUCGUUGUAUUCGCACUGACACUUUGGCGCAGAAGAAUACUGACUGAUCACAUUAUCCUUGCUGAGCGAUGAACCGCGACCAACGUGUUAAUCAGCUCACUGCCCUCGCGAAAGAAACAAAGUCGCGAUCAACAGAUACGAACCGCUGCCCCAAGGUCAGCAUCUCCGCCUGGGUGCGACCGAUUAACUAUGUAUAUCAGACAUGCCCGAGCUUCUGUACAAUUGCAGUCGUAGGACAAAUUCCCUUCUUCAUAGACAUAUGAGGCACGAAUCGCACUGAAAGGACUCGGGCGCUUGAGUUCCUUCAGGAGAAGAAGCGUGGAUUGUUUGACAUAGUCAAAACAUAGCGCCGUUUCACUCAGCUGUGUACAGAGCUUCGCGACACAAUUUUUAUCUAGCUUGUUAGAUCACAGUUAAUAAACUCAGCAAGUUAGCAAUCGAUAGUAGUAGUAACUAUCAAGUGGCUUGAAAAAUCAGGGCACGCGCGAGCGGAAGCUCCAAUUUUGUGCGUCCGGCAUGCCACUUAACGCUUGAACAGAUAAACGAGCAAAUAGUUAACCUCCCAGCGAGCGUCGCUGGCCAGUGAAUGCUCGAGGUUAUAUAGAAGUUAAGAGCGUAUUGCAGAUUAGGACGAUGCGGUUCUGCAUUGUAUAAGAACGCUAGAAAGUCGAGCUUUGCCUAACACGAGCUUAGUUCCGCAAUAUAUUUUUUUCUAUUGGUGCAAUGACUUUCGAACGUAAAAUAAGCACUCAUAUUAAAUAACGAACUAUUUGAAUAUAUAACUACUGAGCCUUCAGCAUACUGAACUUGGGUUACUUAAUUAACACUCAAGUAAAACACUUGGCUAAAGAUUCCCUGAAGAUCUCCGCACCUUUUUCUCCGUCUCUUGUAAAAAGCAAAAUACACAACAACGGCUGCACAGACUUACCAAAACGCAAGAGAGAUAACUUUCUCAUAAUCAUCUUGAGAGUCAAUAUUUGAAACUUUUGCUAGCGCCGAUAAAUUUAAAUGCCACAGCUUUCUUUGCUAUUUGCCACUUCUUGUUCGUUGACGGCUGCUAGCCCUUACUCAGCUUCAGAUCCUAUGCACCUAAUUUCAUGCGAACCUUACGCGCUCAAGCGCGUUUCACCGGCACAAAGUUACUAGUAGUGUAGCGUCAGUGCUGGUGCGACGUAUUUCCUAGUAACAUGCAGUCACCACGCCCCGGUACGACGGUGUUCGGUGGAGCGUAUAUACAGUACUUACUCGUAGUUGGGAAAUCUGCCCAUCAGUAGCUCGCCACUCGAAACUACGUAAAUACCUCCAGACAUACUGCGCUCUUCUCUUAGAACAGGUAUUUUUAUCGAUCGCGUGUAGACUCGUUUCUGCAAGGUGAGGACCACGCGGUUCAACGCGUCGCGUCCUUGCAACUUAAUGACCACGAGCGACGUGAUGCCUUUUCUUAGGUAGAGGCUUAGUGACGACCAAGGUUCUCCGGGAGAACUCAAACAGCUCGUCAUUAGCAUGGAUCAAAAACUUUUUCGGAAAGGCAGUGCACCAGGGCAGGCCGGAGGACUGCCUGUCUUAUUGUAGCUUCUUUGUACGCUUCGAGCAGCAACGCUAUAGAUAUUGCCUGCGUUCAUGAAACUUGUCCCUUCUUCCAUCAGUACCUUCUCUUUUUCAUUCGCCUGAAUAUAUAGUGAGAAAAGAGGUACCGCUUUCUCUCUGUUCUGCGUCAGACUUUCCUUCUAUGCAAAUGAAGAAAACAAGGAUUAUGAUGUGUCGCGGUAUUAGCGUAGCCGUUAAGCAACCGCAGAUUAUUUUCUCAUGCCGCUGUUUCUAUAGGCCCGUUCGUUGCUUUUUUCUUUUUUUAUGGCAUCUUGUCCUCAUCGUUUCCUUUUCUUUCUUCAGUUACUGGAUCAGCGGAGUACUUGUCCAGCCCCCCCCCCCCUCCCCUCCAACGCACCCUCACGUGCUCGUACGUGUUCUGCAUCUGACAUAGUACAACGGUGUCACGUGGCCAUUGUGCAUCGUAGACGAGCUCCGUCUGUCGAAGACGUACUGUCGCGUUUCAGGGCAAGUAGGUUCCUCGCACAGGCGAUCGCAAGCGCCCCAAGGAGCUCCCCUUCGGCUAUCUGAAAGAGCCAACCAGUUUAUGCGAUGAGGUCGAUACGUAGCUCGUUCGAAUAGCUUUUCUUGCACACUCUAUAUAGUGCUGUAAACGCGUGCGUUUGCCAAACGGUGACUCAAAAUUAUUUCGCAGGCACUUCGUGUGCUUCCCACAUGUAUUGGAGUGGGAAGUGACCGAAAUCAGGCUCGUAGCUAACGCUCGAGAUCCUGGGGUUUGGAAAUACGUCGUUUUUUGUGGGGUUUUUUCGGCCAGUCCAGAGUAAUAACGAUUACCAGCGGCACUAAUGGUUAAAAGCGCGGAAGGAGUCCUAUAUACGUAAACGUAAAAUAUCGACUUCCGCUCCAGACCAUUCCUCUUCGUAUUAUAGCGCAAUUUCACUUACCGAUCCGUGAAUUUGAAUGUAUUACUAUUUUUUUUUUUUUUUUGCAAAUGUAGGCAGUGGACUUUCAAUGCGUGCGUUUAUUGCUAGAAUAUCGGCCAAAUCUGUUCACUGGAACAGCAAACACUGCAUCCGAAUGCCCGCUUCAAGGCCGACAAUGGUUCUUCGCGAACUUAAAUGGCCUACCCGAGAACUUGUGCGUACUUUGCAGGAAUCAAAGUUCAAUUAGCUACGCUUACGUUCAAUACACUCCUGUUUUGCCAGGUUAUACUAACCUGACGGUGAUGAUGAUCAAGGACGUAAAAACCUGCUGUAUUUGUCACUAUCCGGCCCACUCCUGGGAGCGACCCUCACAAAAAAAAACCCUGUCGUUGUUGUUGUUUGUUUGUUUGUUUUUUCGGCGCCACGCUUGUUGGAGAAUCAUAAUAACCGGAGUUGUCCUUGGGAUUUUCUUUAUUACCAAUAAAGCCGGUCGCUGUCACACUCCGUUAUAGUAUUGCGUGUGUAUUUAUUAAGCAGCAAUCUAUAUGUACACUCGCCGGCAGCUUUAAUAAAUGUAAAAAAUGCAAGUUUUUGACUUUUUUUUUUUUUUGUCUUGGAGCGCAAGAAACGGAAAGUACCCCAUCAGUUAACCCCGUCGAAUGCAGGCUUUGUGGCUAGUGUGAUCAAUUAGUUUCGCGUGUUUCCUAUUUGUUGACAGCUGCCAGAAAAAGUUUGGAGGCAUGGAGGCCCCAUUCCGCUUUGUUUCUACAGAAUCUGACAAAAUAAAUCAAGACAGCAGAUUUUUUUAAUGAUUCUGGCCAAAUUCUGCCCACGCCCUUCUGAGCCUGACGGACGGGCCUUUGAGCGAGAUGGAUGGGCUCAAAAAGUUUGCUGGUUAUCACACCAAAUACGAGGCUGCGGUUC